CUGUGCUUUUCUUCCAAAAAAUAAAAAAAAAGAAGACAAUUUUUUUCUGUAAUAAGUCCAACCACCCACAAGCACAACCGUGCAUCAUAAAUUUUACCCGAAAUCAAAGCCGUCCAUCCCAAAACAAACACCAACUACAGGAUCUUAUCUAAUCCAACGGCUAGUAUUAGUCUACUAGAACCUUCGCUGUCGUCACUCUCCCUUAUAUCUUCCCCUUUCACCAGAGUGCUUGUGCUCAGCUCGUGUCCAUUAAGUGGUGGUUUUAGGGUUUUUCCUAUUCAUUAAUUUCAUCGAACUCUCGAUUGCUUAACAUUUAGAAAGAGAAAAUGACGAAGUGUUACCCAACUGUGAGCGAGGAAUACCAAAAGGCCAUUGAAAAGGCUAAGAGGAAGCUCAGAGGUCUCAUCGCUGAGAAGAACUGUGCUCCGAUCAUGCUCCGUUUAGCGUGGCACUCAGCUGGAACUUUUGAUGUCAAGACUAGGACCGGAGGUCCAUUUGGAACCAUGAAGCAGCCUGCUGAGCUUGCACAUGCUGCUAACAACGGUCUCGAUAUUGCCGUAAGGCUUAUCGAGCCGAUCAAGGAACAGUUCCCUAUCCUUUCUUACGCUGACUUUUAUCAGCUCGCCGGUGUCGUGGCUGUUGAGGUUACCGGUGGACCUGAAAUUCCCUUCCAUCCCGGAAGAAAGGACAAGCCCAACCCACCGCCUGAGGGCCGUCUUCCUGAUGCUACCAAGGGAGCUGACCACUUGAGGCAGGUCUUUGGUCAUCAAAUGGGUCUUAGCGACCAGGACAUUGUUGCUCUUUCUGGAGGCCACACCCUGGGAAGGUGCCACAAGGAGAGGUCUGGAUUUGAGGGACCAUGGACGACCAACCCUCUCAUCUUUGACAACUCUUACUUCACGGAGCUCUUGUCUGGAGAGAAGGAAGGCCUUCUGCAAUUGCCAAGUGACAAAGUUCUCCUGUCUGACCCUGUUUUCCGUCCAUUGGUGGACAAAUAUGCCGCUGAUGAGGAUGCCUUCUUUGCUGAUUACACUGAAGCUCACCUGAAGCUCUCUGAGCUAGGAUUUGCUGAAGCAUGAGCUGAUGGUUAGAAAACAGGAAGAAGCCAACAACAUUUGCCUCCACAGAUGUAUUGUGUUUUGUAAUCUCUUAAAAGUUAGUUAAUAGGCAAUUGUUGCUUGAAGAAUUUGGGUGUUUUCGUAGUUGUAUUUUGUUGAACAUUCUGAACGGAAUUUGGGGAGAUUUCUGAUGGGACUAAGCUUUUCUAGAUAAAUAAUACAUAACUUCAUCGAAAUGCGGAUUCCCAUUUUGGUUAAUUA